AUGGCGAGAAGUCGUCAAAUGACCGCGGCCAACCGCGAUACCAGCCGCAAUGAGCGAGAGCUCCCUCCAUUCCCCGCAAAGCAGAUGUUUGUUCUAGCCUGCUGCAGAAUAUGCGAACCGAUUGCAUUCAUGUCCAUCUUCCCCUACAUUUACUACAUGAUCCAGGACUUCAACAUCACAGAUGACACCAACAAGAUUUCAGUAUACGCCGGCAUGGUCACUUCUGCAUUUACUUUGGCCGAAUUCUCUACUGGUGUUCUCUGGGGACGACUGAGCGACAAGAUUGGCCGAAAGCCUGUCCUUCUCUUUGGUCUGCUUGGAACUGCUUUGAGUGUUUUGGUCUUUGGUUUUGCGCCUAGCCUUCCCGUUGCUCUCUUUGCGCGCGCUCUGGGUGGUCUCCUCAAUGGUAACAUUGGAGUUCUCCAGACUACCGUUGCUGAGCUUGUUACUGUUAAGGAACAUCAGCCACGUGCUUAUACUAUCAUGCCUAUGGUUUGGUGCAUUGGAUCUAUCGUUGGACCUAUGAUUGGAGGAGCUCUCGCCCGACCAUGCAUUAGCUACCCCGAGAUCUUCGCCCGUGGAACCAUCUGGGACCGAUACCCUUACCUCCUUCCUAACCUCUUCAGCGCAUGCACUGUUUUCUUUGGAGUCAUCAUUGGACUUUUGUUCCUUGACGAGACCCACGCCGAGAAGAAGCAGCAGAGGGAUCGUGGACGAGAGAUUGGAGAUUACGUUGCCAGCUGGUUCGGUGGUGUCAGCAAGUGCAACGGACGAGGACGCUCUCCCGAGAAGCAGGCUCUUCUUGAUGGAAAGCACCACGUUCAGUACCUUUCCACCGGCGCUCGCCCUGGCUCUGCUCACUCCGACGACGAGGCUCUUCCUGCUUACCGUAGCCAGGAGAGCUCUCCCCGACUUUCUCCUCAGGCCGACACACGAUCUCUGGUUGACGCCCCAUUGGAGCCUGUCCUGGAGCGCAAGCCCACCAAGCCCAAGACUUUCACCAAGCCUGUUAUCAUGAACAUCAUUUCUUACGGCAUUCUCGCAUUCCACACUAUGACUUUCGACCAGCUUUUCCCCGUCUUCCUGAGCACCAAGCGACCCGAGCACCCCGUUCACGACCUUCCCUUCAAGUUCACCGACGGAUUCGGCCUCGAGACCAAGAUGAUCGGUGUCAUCAUGUCCGUUCAGGGACUGUACUCUCUCUUCUCCAACUACCUUAUCGUCCCUCCUGUCACCCGACGACUUGGUUCUCUCCGACUCUUCCGAAUGCUCGCUUUCUCUUACUUUGCGCUCUACCUGGUCACCCCCUACCUGGUACUUCUUCCCGACUCCAUGAGAAUGCCAGCUAUUUACCUCCUGGUUAUCUGGAAGUGCACCUUCUCCACCAUGGCUUACCCCAGCAACGCCAUCCUGCUCGCCAACUCGGCCCCCUCUAAGCAGGUUCUCGGCACUAUCAACGGCAUUGCGGCUUCAACUGCGAGCUUGUGCCGUGCUCUGGGCCCUACCCUAUCUGGACUCCUCUACUCUUGGGGUCUCCAGACUGGCUACUCUGGACUGGCUUGGUGGUUCAGCGGACUGAUCACUAUUGUUGGAGCUUACCUCAGUUCUCAGAUCACUGAGGGUGGUCCUCAGGAAGACACCGUGCUGCCCGAGGAGGACCCCCUCCUGGACGACAGCCUCUACGCCGACUACGACGAGGAGGAGAGCGUUUAA